AUGCGGCUCAAAUAUAAGUUUUGGUCAGACCCUAGGCUUUCGUGGAGUCCCGAGGAUUACGGUGACAUGGAAUCCACCGUUAUGUCCAUAACUGAUGUCUGGGUGCCGCCUAUCGUGUUAAGCAACGCGGCAGAUGGAAUAAGCAUGUUGAGUGAGGAAGACGGUAUGGGCAGAUCGUACCUGUACACGAUGGCGGAUGGCACGUUGAUGUGGUACACUUCAGCUAACUUUGUCUCGCAGUGCCACAUAAAUGUAGAGUUCUUCCCGUUUGAUUCACAGGAGUGUGAAAUAAUUAUAACACCUUGGACCAUCAGUUCCGAUGCGAUGAAUCUGUACUCCACCUUUAAAAUCGUCGAUACUAACCUAUUCGAAGAAAAUGGAGAGUGGGACUUGGUUAAUAGCAGAGUUCAGAACUACACAAGAAACGUCGGCGUUGAUGCUUUUCCAGGAGUGAAGUUCAUCCUUAGUCUGAAGAGAAAAGUCUCCUACUAUCUAAUCAAUAUGAUACUUCCGGUCAUUUUCCUUGCCAUUGUCGGCUCUUUCGUAUUUGUACUUCCGGUUGAAAGCGGGGAGAAGAACGGGUUUGCGCUGACCAUUCUACUGUCAAUGUCGGUCAUAUUGACCAUCGUAUCGGACGCAAUUCCACCGAUAUCGACCCAAACAAGCCAGUUGAGCGUGUAUCUCCUCGUGAUCUUCAUCAUAUGUUCCCUGGAGACCAUACUGACAGUAGUGAGUUGCCAGAUACAUUCCUAUAAGGCCAAAGGUUACGUACCUGGACCGGUGGGGCAGAAAAUUGCAGCGUUCCUGGCGAAACUAUCACUUUACCGGAGGGCCAAAGACCAGCCUGGCAAUGUUGUUACGCCAAAAGAGGACGAUGGGAACGGAAGCCCUAAAAAGAAAGACUUAGUUCAGCAGGAGGCAUGGACAGAGGAGGCUCAAAAUAAACACAUACUAUAUGACUAUGAAGAAGUUGCGUUUGUUAUGGACAGAGUCUUCUUUGGGUUCUUCCUUAUUAUGCAGAUACUGUUCACGCUUAUCUUCUGUGUAAACCUUCAAAUUCAGGGAGAUAAUACUGGGGGUAGCGUAUAG